AUGGAAAACAAUAAUCACGAACGCGAGAGCCAACUGUCGCUUCUCACACCUAAAGGCUCAGAUGGCCGGUCAGCUGAGAAGAUCGCAACAAAGACAAAGAAGAAGGGACCGUCACUGAAACAGGAUAUACAAGCCUGGUCAUGGGAAACAGGCGGCGUGUUUCUUGCUGGAGCUACCAUAGGCGCCAUCAUCGCGAUCCUGGCCAGCUAUGAUGGACGUCGCCAGCCGGACUGGAAGAAUAUCUCCCUGAACUCAGCAAUUUCCUGGCUCAGCACUCUUGCUAAAGCAUGCGUCCUCUAUGCAGUCAGCGAAAGCAUAGGCCAGUUAAAAUGGGUUUGGUUUGCUCAGCAGAGCCGACCAUUAUCUGAUCUGGGGCAUUUUGAUUCCGCCAGUCGAGGAGUCAAGGGAAGUGCGCUGCUGUUGUGGGUGUUGAAGGGUCGUCACUUCGCCGUCCUGGGGAGCAUGGCGGUCCUCAUGGCAUUGGCCUUCGAGCCAUUCGUCCAGAAUUCGAUACACUACGUCUCUCGCCCCGUUGACGACCGCUCUCAAGUCUCCCUACUCGGAAAGACGGUGAAGUACAACACGGUUGGGCCGCUUAUGGGAGGGAGUCUCUUCUACAUCGAUCCUGUCCUCAAAGCUAACAUCUACAGUUCCCUUACAAACCAAGUUUCGAAGCGCUCAUGGGCAGUCCCCCAAUACACCUGUCCCACCGGGAACUGUACCUGGGAUGCGAUGGCCAGCUUGGGCUUUGAAGCGCAAUGUGCCAACAUCACCUCCUACCUUCAUCGGAACUGCACAUCCUUGGGAGAACCCAGUGACAUGAGCAAUGCUACCAUGCUCUAUAAUUGUAGCAUCUCUCUUCCCAGCGAUCUGGGGCUAUGGUACAUCGCCAACGGAGGCAACGCAAUCCUGUCUGUAAUGGAACCCGUGUCUUCCAAAGAAGCCCUCCGAUACAAGGAAACGCCCUUUGAAGUAGUGCAAUACAUCCUCGCCGCGGGAACCAACGCCAACGGCACCGGUGGCGGCGGCCUCUCCUCCACUCUGACCGAGACCAGCCUCUUCACAGCGACCGAGUGCACUCUCGUGCCCAUCGUAGAACUGUUUAACGCCUCGGUCUCACUGAGCAUCUACCAAGAAAGCCAGAUCGCCAAAUGGACCGCCAAUGGAACCGGUCAGGCCGGUAUCACCAUCACGCCUCUGCUUUCCUCCGACACAGGCCAGUACUUCCCGGAAUUGAAUCAGACGUUUGGAUUAGGGGAGCAGGUCUGGGCUGCCAUUUCAUAUUAUAUCAAUAACGUCUUCGCCGGGCAGGUAAGAGCCGGGUCAGACAAUUUCGAGUUUGUCCCCGCGGCGAUCACUUAUGCGGCCGCUGAUACCCUCGAGGCAAUUUUCUACGGCAGCUUCACGGAGGCCGGCUGCACGGCUGACGACCCGCUCACUUGCGCUAUGGGCAAAGUGGCGGCUGCGAUGACAAAGACCAUACGUGAUGACGCGUUCAGCACUGCGGUUGGCUAUGACCAAGAGGCAGAUGUUCACUCCCAGCCGGCUGUCGGGCACACCCACGUCACAGUCUCAUUUGUUGAAAUUCGAUGGGUCUGGCUAGCGUUGCCGGUGGUUGUGUGGCUCCUCGGGGCAGUGACCUGUGUGGGGGCAGCCUGGAAGAGUUACAGAGCAGGAACGCGGCCUUGGAUGACCAGCCCACUACCACUGGUGCUGAUGGCGAACCGUUGGCAAGAUCAGAAUGGCCAUGUGGACGAAAAUGGGGUGGAGAUGGCGAGUUUGGAGAACUCCUCGCCCGAUCAGGAUCCUGAAGUACAUGCCUGCAUGGAGCAAGAGAGUUCCCUGGAGGAUUAUGAGCAAAGAGCCAGGCAAAUCUCCGCCAAGCUCGAUAUUGAUAAUGGGCGGUUUUCAUUAAUGUAG